CGCGGGCCGGGCUGUGAGGUGGCAGCGGCUGCAGCGGCGGAGCCGGCGCCUCGGUUGGGCACUGGGGUUUGUUCCCCCUUCCCCGCCCUUCCCCCUGAGGGGGCCACAGGGGCGCCGCUUCCGAGGACAGGAGCAGGUCCCACUCCCGCGCCCUCGUCCCUGCUCCCCCCAGGACGGUCCUGGCCGCGUGGACCACACCUGGGCCGCCUUUACCGGUCCGCCGCCUCCCCCCCCGGCCCUGCUGCAGGGCCUCCCCCGGCGGGCCUCGGGGUGUGCCUGCUCUCCUUCGUCCGCUGGCGCAGGCGGGGCCUUUGCCCCGCCGACGGGCCUGGUAACGGGGUCUUUGCCCUCCGGUCCCAGCCGCGAACCUGCAUUGCCUCCGCCGGAACAAACCCAGCCGAGUCCCCCAGCCCCUCCUCGACAGUUCCGUGACGCAGCCGGUUUUAUUUCUGUUUGGAGACUAACAGCUAAAACUCGCUUUGGGCCUUCUUUCCAGGGCUGGAGCUGGUCUCUGAUCGCUGAGAAGCAGAUAGAGCAGGGGGUCUGGUCCUUGGCAGAGGUCACUUCCCAAGCCAGCCGAGCCUCCGUUUGCUUUUGCAGGAGCCGUGUGUUGUCUCUAGCUUCUCGUCUCCCCACUUUGGUUUGGCUUGGGGCCCUGGGGCCCUGGUAAAACCAGACACCGAAUUGCUCUUACACAGCCAGUCACCGUCAUUUGCUCAUCGUCUCUUCACAGAGGAAGGUGGGCAGCACCAGCCUCUCAGCAGCUGGGAUUCAGAGAAGGAUGCCCUGCAAAAUGGCUCCAUCAGCCAUUGUGCUCCUCUGAGAGGCUCUCGGUGCUGAUUCACCGUAUCUGUCCACCUCACUUGGGUGGGCAGAACUGUGCACCAUGCCAGUGGCUCCUGACCACUCCCAACUGGGAGGAGGGGUUCCUCUAGCUGUGUGUUUCUGUAACACUCAGGAGUAGGGUAGGGAGAGGCCCUUAACCCUUCCCUUGGGCUCGCCUUCAAUAGCUAGUCGGCACCCCCUUUGGUACAUUGAGUGAGCAACGUGCCCCCAGCCAGGGGCCCUUUGACAAAGGCCUACCGACGCAGGCUGUUGGAGUUGGGGCUGUUAUUUUGAUGGAGCAUGCCCUUGGCCCCAGCCCCUUCUUUACUUGCUUCUGCUGUCUCCACUUAGAUCCAGUCUACAGAUGCAUGUAGUCCUUCUUUCUGGGUUAGAUUUGGCAGGAUUGAGUUUUGUUUCCUCGUCAUUCUGGAAGACAGACCAUAAGCACAUUACUGGGUGAAAUCGACUCCAAUACUUACUGCCAUUUAGACGAAGGGUUAAAUCCGGCACCUUGAGGACUGAAGCCCAGGCAUAUGCUUCCUGGGGAUGCUGGGCCUGGCAGCAGGCCUGGCAACCUUGCUGUGUCAUUGACCUCAUUGACCCCAGGCUUCCUGGAUAAAACCAUAGGCCUACUACUGGCCCGACACCCAUCAACCUACUGAUUGAUCCUUGAGGCGGUCCCCUCCGGGGCAUGCACGUGGCAGGGCCUGCCACCAUGCGCCUGAGUUCCCUGUUGGCUCUGCUGCGACCAGCGCUGCCCCUCAUCCUCGGGCUGUCUCUGGGGUGCAGCCUGAGCCUCUUGCGGGUUUCCUGGAUCCAGGGUGAGGGAGAAGAUCCCUGUGUAGAGGCCGUGGGGGAACCAGGAGUGCCACAUAAUCCAGACUCCAGAACUGGACUCGACCAAAGUGAUGAAGACUUCAAACCCCGGAUUGUCCCUUACUACAGGGAUCCCAACAAGCCCUACAAGAAGGUGCUCAGGACUCGGUACAUCCAGACGGAGCUGGGCUCUCGGGAGCGGUUGCUGGUGGCUGUCCUGACUUCCCGGGCCACCCUGUCCACUCUGGCCGUGGCCGUCAACCGCACGGUGGCCCACCACUUCCCUCGAUUAUUGUACUUCACGGGGCAGCGGGGGGCCCGGACUCCUGCGGGCAUGCAGGUGGUAUCUCACGGGGACGAACGGCCGGCCUGGCUCAUGUCAGAGACCCUGCGCCACCUUCACACACACUUUGGGGCCGACUACGACUGGUUCUUCAUCAUGCAGGAUGACACGUAUGUCCAGGCCCCCCGCCUGGCAGCCCUUGCUGGCCACCUCAGCAUCAACCAAGACCUGUACUUGGGCCGAGCGGAGGAGUUUAUCGGCGCCGGCGAGCAGGCUCGGUACUGCCAUGGGGGCUUUGGCUACCUGUUGUCACGGAGUCUCCUGCUCCGAUUGCGGCCACAUCUGGAUGGCUGCCGAGGAGACAUUCUCAGUGCCCGUCCCGAUGAGUGGCUUGGCCGCUGCCUCAUCGACUCUCUAGGCAUCGGCUGUGUCUCGCAGCACCAGGGGCAGCAGUAUCGUUCCUUUGAGCUGGCCAAAAAUAGGGACCCUGAGAAGGAGGGGAGCUCGGCUUUCCUGAGUGCCUUCGCAGUGCACCCUGUCUCCGAGGGAACCCUCAUGUACAGGCUCCAUAAACGCUUCAGCGCUCUGGAGCUGGAGCGGGCGUACAGCGAAAUAGAGCAACUGCAGGCUCAGAUCCAGAACCUGACCGUGCUGACCCCCGAGGGCGAGGCAGGGCUGAGCUGGCCCAUCGGGCUCCCGGCCCCUUUCACCCCACACUCUCGAUUUGAGGUGCUGGGCUGGGACUACUUCACGGAGCAGCAUACCUUCUCCUGCGCAGAUGGGUCCCCCAAGUGCCCGCUGCAGGGGGCGAGCAGGGCGGACGUGGGUGACGCCGUGGAGACGGCCCUGGAGCAGCUGAAUCGGCGCUACCAGCCCCGCCUGCGCUUCCAGAAGCAGCGGCUGCUCAACGGGUACCGGCGCUUCGACCCGGCGCGGGGCAUGGAGUACACCCUGGACCUGCUGCUGGAGGCCGUGACGCAGCGCGGGCACCGGCGGGCCCUGGCCCGCAGGGUCAGCCUGCUGCGGCCCCUGAGCCGGGUGGAAAUCCUGCCCAUGCCCUACGUCACCGAGGCCACCCGCGUGCAGCUGGUGCUGCCACUCCCGGUGGCCGAAGCCGCCGCCGCCCUCGCUUUCCUCGAGGCCUUUGCAGCCAGUGUUCUGGAGCCGCGAGAGCACGCGCUGCUCACCCUGUUGCUGGUCUACGGACCUCGGGACGGUGGCCGGGGGGCCCCGGACCCAUUUCUCGGGGUGAAGGCCGCGGCGGCCGAGUUAGAGCGGCGGCACCCCGGGACGAGGCUGGCCUGGCUCGCCGUGCGCGCGGAGGCCCCUUCCCAGGUGCGGCUCAUGGACGUGGUCUCUAAGAAGCACCCCGUGGACACGCUUUUCUUCCUCACCACCGUGUGGACCAGGCCGGGGCCCGAAGUCCUCAACCGCUGCCGCAUGAAUGCUAUCUCCGGCUGGCAGGCCUUCUUCCCAGUGCAUUUCCAGGAGUUCAACCCUGCCCUGGCACCACAGAGAUCUCCCGCGGGGCCCCCGGGGGCUGGCCCCGACCCCCCGUCCCCUCCCGGUGCCGACCCUUCCCGGGGGGCUCCCGUAGGAGGCAGGUUUGACCGGCAGGCUUCCGCGGAGGGUUGCUUCUACAACGCCGACUACCUGGCGGCCCGAGCCCGCCUGGCCGGGGAACUGGCAGGCCAGGAAGAGGAGGAAGCCCUGGAGGGGCUGGAGGUGAUGGAUGUUUUCCUCCGGUUCUCAGGGCUCCACCUCUUCCGGGCCGUGGAGCCAGGGCUGGUGCAGAAGUUCUCCCUGCGAGACUGCAGCCCCCGGCUCAGCGAGGAGCUCUAUCACCGCUGCCGCCUCAGCAACCUGGAGGGGCUGGGGGGCCGCGCCCAGCUCGCCAUGGCUCUGUUCGAGCAGGAGCAGGCCAACAGCACCUAGCGCGCCCCGGGCCCGGCCCCUCCGUGGAGUUCCCCUCUCUGCCGCAGCCCCGGGAAGGGCGAGGCAAGAUGGACGGACAGAUGGAGAGCUUGUUGCUGUAUUUUUUUUUUUUUUUUUAAUAAGAAAACGUUAUUAAAAGUGUCUUCUGCCAAA